AUGGUGCCCCCUCUGGGAGUUGGUUCCCUACGCAGACUGGCUACUCUGCAUAUAGGGAGCGGCAGUACUGUUCUCAAAUAUGCCUUCAUAUUAAACGGGCUAUCCGAUAUUCACCUUCGCCCUGUGGUGAUUGGCAUCCCGAGACCCACACAAAAACGUAUAGAGAACAUCAAACAGAUGCAAAGCAAGAAGUCUGACAAGCUGCCAACAGCCUUGCCUGGAAGACUGUUGAUUAAGCACAAGAACCCGCAGCUACACCAGUCUGUCGUCUAUACACUUGGGAAACUUGAACAACCGAUGCUGACAUCCAAGGGAUGGAAGAGUAACAAAGCGUUAGGGGAUUACUUCUCCAUAAACAGCAUCCAAAGUGCUCCACCGUCUGUCCUCAAGCAGAAGGACAAGGGUGAUGGCAGUGCUUCCAUCCCCCAAAAGACAUUUAAUUGCUUUAAUACUUGUCCAUAACUGAUCAACAGUCAGAAUAUAAUUUACCCCACCACAGUCCAGAUGCAAACCAUUCUCAAGAUACUAAAAGGAUGCAGCAUUCUGUAUGCUGCGGAGACAGGAAGUGGAAAAACACUCGCUUACCUUCUUCCCAUCAUCCACAGGCUGCAAGAUGAGCCCUUGACAGACUCAUUCGCAAACAUUCAUGAUGUGGUCAUCGUCCCAUCACAGGAACAAGCAAAACAAGUGACAUCUGUAGCUCGACCGAUUAGCCAACCUUUUGGACUCGUGGUCAAAGUUGCAAGAGGUGGGAGAGGAGUGGGAAACAUCAAAGAUUCUAGAACUUCACCAGGUCCCGAAGAAGGCCUAAAAUGAAGCACAAAGGCGUUUUGGUGUUCUGUAACUCGGCCUCCGCUGUCAACUGGCUGGGCUACUCACUGGAGGAAAUGGGUGUUCAUCAUAUGAGGCUCCAGAGAGAGAUGCCUGCCGCUAUGAGAGAGGAACUUUUAGGAACUUUCAAAAAGGGAACGUUGAUGUUCUAAUAUGCACUGACAUAGCUCCAAGAGGUUUGGACACACAGAGAGUUGGUCAAUUAUGACUCCUCUGAGACCCACACAGAUUACAUCCACCGGGCAGGACGCGUGGGGCGAGCAGGUGGCUCCGAGGGAGGGGAGAUGCUGAGUUUUGU